CCUGGCCUCCUUGUGUUCAAUGCCAUUCCCAGCAGGGGCAGCCUGGUUUCGGGUCGGGGUGGUGGGACCCUGGGGGUGUGAUCCUCUGUUUGCCAAGGCCCUUCCCAGUGUGGCAGCACAGCUCGCCAUCAACCGCAUCAACAGGGACCCCUCACUGUCCUACGCUGCAACGUUUGACUAUACUGUGCUGCAGGAACCAUGUGAGACAUCGAGGGCUCUGGAGGCAUUUGUGGGUUUCCAUACCAAGGCCUCAGGGUACAUUGGACCAGCCAACCCUGGGUACUGUGAUGCUGCUUCAAUGCUGAGCAAAAGCUGGAACAAAGCAUUGUUUCCUUGGGGCUGUGUUGGCUAUGAGUUGGAUAAUGUUCGGAGCCACCCGACCUUUGCCCACACCAUGGCAAGGCCCACCUGGGUACUGCUUCGUGUCAUGAACUACUUCAGGUGGGCCCACAUCGGCAUCAUCUCUUCCUCAGAGGACAUCUGGGUGGAAACAGCUAUCAAGGUGGCUGACUCUCUGAGAAGCCAUGGUCUGCCGGUCAGACUGGUCAGCUUUAUGGAGAACACACCUCAAGGCAUCAGACGAACUCUGACAAAGGUCCGCAAGAUGAGAGAAAUACGAGUUGUGAUCCUCUGCAUGCACUCAGCACUGAUUGGAGGUGGAGCCCAAAAGCUGCUCUUGGAGAUGGCCUAUGACAUGCAGAUGAUUGACGGCUCCCUGGCCUUUGUGCCCUAUGACACCUUGCUCUACAGCCUGCCAUACCGCAACACGACCUAUCUGACUCUGAAGAGCAACAGCAAACUGUUGAGGGCCUAUGAUGCUGUGCUCACCGUCACCAUUGACUCACCCCAAGUGUCAUUCUAUGAGGCCUAUAGAGAGGCCAUGGACAGGGGAGAGGUGGCAAAGACGCUGAAGCCACAGCAGGUGUCUCCUCUGUUUGGCACCAUCUAUAGCUCGGUCUUCUUCAUGGCUCAUGCGGUGCACCGUGUUUGGCAGUCCAGAGAGGGGAUGUCUGGAGGAAGCCUGGCACAACACACCUGGAACCUGGCCUUCCAGGGCUUUAGCCACCCAAUCAAAACCAAUGGCUCCGGAGCAGCUCUGCUAGACUACCUCAUUCUGGAUACAGACGGACUCUCCUGGGAACUGAAGCCAACAUACAGGAUUGACAUGGAGGCUGGUGUUGUGCGGUUCCUGGGUCGAGACAUCCACUUCCCUCACAGCUAUGGACCGAGGAAGGACUCCAUCUGCUGGUUUACUCCUGGAGUCAUCUGCACAGGGGGUGUGGAUCUCUUCUCAACCAUCAGCAUGUUCCUAGGGACAAUUGCCUUCUUUGUUUUUGCAGUGGCACUGAUUUACUGCAUCAGGAGACGCAUCAAUCAGAUUCAGCUGAUUCGGGGUCCAGACAAGAUAUUAUUGACCCUGGAUGAUGUCACAUUCAUAAAUCCAUUGCUUAGUAACAAGAAGCUGAGUCUGGACAACAGCAGGACCAGUGGCAUGAAAAGUGUGUCAGAGCACAGCGCCACUUCGCCAGUCUCCACCCAAACCCCAGCCACCUACGAGAACUCCAACGUUGUCAUUUAUGAGGGUGAUUGGGCAUGGCUGAAGAGACUUCCUGAUGGGACAUUUAGCAGCCUCAACCCCAAAGCCAGUAAUGUGUUUGAACUGAUGAAAGACAUGCAUCAUGAGAACGUUAACCCCUUCUUGGGGUUCUUUCAUGACUGUGGCGUAUUCGCCAUUGUAACUGAGUUUUGCUCCAGAGGCAGCUUGGAGGACCUGCUGCUGAAUGAAGACUUCAAACUCGACUGGAUGUUCAAAUCUUCACUGCUACUGGAUCUUAUUAAGGGUAUGAAGUACCUCCACCACUGCAGCGUGCCCCAUACUCGUCUGAAGUCCCGUAAUUGUUUGGUGGAUGGGCGUUUUGUUCUAAAGGUCACAGACUAUGGCUACAACAAGGUUCUGGAGGCCCAGAGGUUCCCCUACAUCAAACCACCUGCAGACGAGUUGUUGUGGAUGGCCCCUGAGAUCCUGAGGAGCGGGCAGCCAGGGCUCCACGGGACUCUCUCGGGUGACAUAUACAGCUUCGCCAUCAUCAUGCAGGAGGUGGUGAUCAGAGGGCCUCCGUUCUGCAUGCUGGACCUGUCAUUUCAUGAUAUAAUAGAGAAGCUCUGCAAGCCUCCUCCUCUGUGUCGCCCAGUGGUCAGUCCAGAUUAUGCUCCAUUAGAGUGCAUCCAGCUGAUGAAACAGUGCUGGAAUGAACAGCCGGAGAAGCGACCCAGCUUUGAUGACAUCUUCGAACAGUUUAAGAACAUCAACAAAGGGAAGAAGACAAACAUCAUAGACUCCAUGCUGAGGAUGUUGGAACAGUACUCGUCUAACCUAGAGGAACUGAUCAGAGAGCGAACGGAGGAGCUGGAGAUAGAGAAACAGAAGACGGAGAAGCUGCUAACCCAGAUGCUGCCUCCGUCUGUGGCAGAAGCUUUGAAGGUGGGUGGCAUGGUCAAACCGGAAUAUUUUGACAAUGUCUCACUUUAUUUCAGCGACAUUGUUGGCUUCACCACCAUCUCAGCUAACAGUGAACCCAUUGAGGUGGUCGACCUGCUAAAUGACCUCUACACACUCUUCGACGCCAUCAUAGGACACCAUGAUGUCUACAAGGUGGAGACAAUCGGUGAUGCUUACAUGGUGGCAUCAGGUGUUCCCGUCCCUAACGGCAACCGUCAUGCUGCAGAAAUUGCCAACAUGGCCCUUGACAUCCUGAGCGCUGUGGGAACCUUCAAAAUGAGACAUAUGCCUGAUGUUCCUGUCAGAAUACGCAUAGGCCUGCACACAGGUCCAUGUGUAGCAGGUGUGGUGGGUCUCACCAUGCCUCGCUAUUGUCUGUUUGGAGACACAGUUAACACUGCCUCUCAAAUGGAGUCUAGCGGGAUGCCCUACAGGAUCCAUGUCCACCAGAGUACAGUGAAGGUCCUACGGGAACUAAAUUUUGGCUACAAACUAGAGUUAAGAGGCAGGACAGAAGUCAAGGGGAAAUGGUUAGAAGAUACCUACUGGCUUGUAGGGAGAGAUGGAUUUAACAAACCUCUACCUGUUCCUCCAGAACUCAAGUCUGGGCAAAUGGCCCACGGGUUGCAGAUGGCCGAGAUAGCCCAAUACAAGAAAUUGAAAGCCAAGAAACUUCAAGAAGAACAACUUGCAAAGAAGAAAAACUGAGCUUGUGUUGAGGAGAUGAAAUCUAGUGUGGAACUAUAAAGGCCAGCAAAUGAUGACUCGGCAAAGCAGGGAUCUUCAGAACCUGCCUGUCAGCUGCAGAUGAAUGGAACUAAUCUUUCAUUUAUCUUGCUCCUUCAAUUCCCUGAAGGGAAGAGAACAGAGAAGAGGAGGAAAGGAAACUGAGGUGAGAACAGGGGCAAAUGAAGUGAGGAGCAAAGAGGAAAGUAAAGGAGGCAAGAACAAAGCCGUCUUUUGCUUCCACCUGAUCUUUAUUCUCCACCCUGUGCAUGGAGGAAUUUCAGUUUUGGCUUUGUGAUGUCACCAUUGUGGAUACUGGAAAACAAAAUCUCAACUAAUUACUGCUGUUUAGGUACUUAGUAUUUUAGGCUUGUUUUGCAUUCAAAUGACAGUAGUUAUUUUUAUACUCAAUCUACCAGUUACAUGCUUGAUUAGUAUAAAAUGUAAGAAAAUAACACAAAAGGUCUCAUGUAAUUUCUGAGUUCAAGGUGC